AUGUCUCGCCAGUCCUGCGGUCUCGGCAAGGGAUUCAGCUCCAGCUCCGCUUGCUUCGGCGGGAGGAACAAGGUCACGUUCAGCUCUGUGUCCCGUGGAGGAUGCAGGGGACCCGGCAACGCUGGUGGCUUCAGCAGCAGGAGCCUCUAUAGCUUGGGAGGGAGUAAAAGCACCUCUCUGGGAGGAUUCGGUGGAGGUGGCGGUGUCUGCAGAGUUUUUGGGGCUGGUGGCCAAGGAGGCUUUGGCUACGGUGCUGGCGCAGGGUUUGGUGGCGGCUACAGUGGCGGGGCUGGAGGCUGCUUUGGUGGAGGCCUCGGUGGUGGUUUUGGUGGCUUUGGUGGAGGAUUUGAUGGCGGGAUGGGGGGUCAGGGCUUUCCCCCUUGCCCGCCGGGUGGCAUCAGGGAAGUGACCAUCAACCAGAGUCUGCUGGCCCCCCUCAACCUUGAAAUCGACCCUGAGAUCCAGAAGGUCCGAACUCAAGAGCGGGAGGAGAUGAAGAAGCUCAACGACAAAUUUGCUUCCUUCAUCGACAAGGUUCGGUUCCUGGAGCAACAGAACCGUGUUCUGGAGACCAAGUGGAAACUGCUGCAGGAGCAGGGUGGCACGGGGACAGUCGGCAGGAGCCUCGACCCCUUGUUUGAGACUUACAUCAGCGGGCUGAGGAAGCAGCUGGACUGCCUCUCGAGUGAGAAGCAUCAGCUGGAGCUGGAGCUGAAGAGCUUCCAUGAUAUGGUGGAAGACUUCAAGACCAAGUAUGAAGAGGAAAUAAACAAACGGACAGCUGCGGAGAACGAUUUUGUGCUCCUAAAAAAGGAUGUGGAUGCGGCCUAUAUGACCAAAGUGGAUCUUCAGGCAAAAUUAGAUUCUCUGGCAGAUGAGAUUGACUUCUUGAAGUACCUUUACGAAGCAGAGCUGGCACAGAUGCAGAAGACCGUUUCUGACACCUCAGUGGUUCUCUCCAUGGACAACAACCGAAACCUGGACCUGGACAGCAUCAUCGCGGAGGUUAAAGCGCAGUACGAGGAGAUUGCCAACAGGAGCAGAGUGGAGGCUGAGUCCUGGUACCGGUGCAAGUAUGAAGAGCUGCAGGCCACUGCAGGCAAGCAUGGAGACAGCCUUAAGGACACAAAGACCGAGAUCUCCGAGCUCAACCGCGUGAUCCAGAGGAUACGGGCUGAGAUCGAGAACGUGAAGAAACAGUGUGAAACCCUGCAGAGCUCCAUUGCGGACGCCGAGCA